AUGGCACCUGCUGACUCCCGGGGGCGCCCUGCAAAGACGGCUGAUCGUGGAAGUGCUUUUGGGGACCGGACGAUCAAUGGAUGUCAGGCAGCCGGCCAGAUAAAGGGACUCUAUAUCUACCGGGAUCUCAUACCAGAGGAGCUCCUGGACGCCCUGUUGCAACACAUUCAGAAAGAGGGAUGGUUCAACCCGCAAGCUGGACGAAACCAAGCGAUGCGGUUUGGCCGCUUCCCGGUCUGGCUGGACCCACUCGUGCAGUUGGCGCACGCUUGUCUGCCCUGCGAAUUUGGGUCUCGAAAACCGGUCUUUGACCAGAUGAUUGCGAACCACUACGUUCCGGGAGAAGGGCUAAUAUCGCACGUUGAUCUUCUCGAUCGAUUCGACGACGGCAUCAUAGUCGCUUCCAUCCAGGGCACGUGCGUGAUGGAGUUCAGGCCCAGGAACGUUUUCCGGGAGAGAGGGGAGAACAUACCGCAGAGCGAAUCCUUCUUUCUGCGUGCCGGCGAUGUCAUAUGCUUGUCGGGACCGGCCCGAUGGGAUUGGGAGCACGGCAUCCCUGCACGCAUGGAGGAUUUAGACGGCUUUGGAGAUAUCGUGCGGCGUGUAGAACGAGUGUCUAUUACAUUGCGGAAGCUGCUACCCAACGCCUGCUUCGAAUGA